AUGACCCACUGUAAUUCCGUGUUUUCUGGAUCUGGAUGGAGAGGGGUCCGCGCCCCGCACGGUUCUUCCCUUAACGCGUCCGACACGUACAACAGCCUGGGGCACCUGAGCUGCUCCCUGUGCAACGCGCCCGUCAAGGGAGAGCUGCUGUGGCAGACCCACGUCCUGGGCAAGCAGCACCGGGAGAGAGUUGCAGAAUUAAAAGGCACAAAACAGACGGCCACUGGCUCAGCUGCUGGCACAUCGUCUCAACCUGUCAAGAGAAAAACAGUUGAGACAGAAAAUACAGACCUAAAGAGAGUAAAAGGUACAGACGCAAAGCCUCACACAUCUUCAUCGGGGCUGCCAGCAGAUUUUUUUGAUGAAGCACAGCAAGACAGCGCCAGUGUACAGCUUUCCAAGGGCCCAGGUCCCAGUUUAUUGUCAGGGAAUUAUGAUGACGAAGAUGAUGAUGAAGAGGAGGAACAAGAACAAUCAAACAAAUCUUCUGUUGUGCAUAAAACUGAAAUUCCACCUCCAACUCAAGAAGUAAUAGCUAAUUCUCUGCCUGCAGACUUUUUUGACACCAAAACUCCAGCUGCUCCUAUAGUUUCCCAUUCAGGAUCCAUACAGAAAGCAGAGAUACAAGAGAAGGUAGUCGAAAGGAAAGAAAACACUGCUGAAGCAUUGCCAGAAGGUUUCUUUGAUGAUCCUGAAGUGGACGCAAAAGUGAGAAAAGUUGAUGCUCCAAAGGAUCAGAUGGACAAAGAAUGGGAUGAAUUUCAAAAGGCAAUGCGACAGGUCAACACAAUUUCAGAAGCAAUAGUGGCAGAAGAUGAUGAGGAGGGACGACUAGAUCGCCAGAUUGGAGAAAUUGAUGAGCAGAUUGAAUGCUACCGCCGUGUCGAGCUUCUGCGGAACCGCCAGGAUGAGAUGAAGGAGAAGUUAAAGGAAGCCAUGAGAUUAAGAGCGGCACAAGAGAAAGAGGAGGAGGAUGUUGGUAGUGAAGAUGAAGAAGAACUGCAGGAUUUGCUGUCCCAAGACUGGCGGGUGAAAGGGGCUUUGUUGUAGCAUUUCUGCAACAUGGUUGAUGCUCUUUUUAUCCGUGGUCUUACUUCCAUAUUAGAAGAGAGAUUCUUUUGUUAAAUAUUUAUUUGAAGAGGAUUGUGAGGUAAAGAGCCAAGCUUAUUAAAAAAAACUUUGUAUAUCUACAGUGGUGUAUUACUUGUUGUAAAAACUGUAUAUUGCAAAUGUUUUACAAUACUGAAUGCACCUUUCCUAUUAAAAUGACCAGUUUCCUACCAGAAGUAUUUUAAUGGGAUUAAUAAAUCUUGUAAAGAGUCUCUAGGCCUUUGGAAGCAUUAGCUCAGUUUGGUAAUUUUGAGACUUGGCUUAUUGUCUGUGAAGUGCAUAGUCUACAAAGUUUUCCCAGACUGGGGUUUAGGGAAAGGAAAAUACUAUGCAUUUAUGUUUUCUUAAAAUUUGUAGGUGCCCUUCUGUCCAUUGCCCCAGCUUCCAAUAAAAUAUGUACAUAUUUUUUUUCAA